AUGAUUCAAUUAUAUAUGAAAGAUUCAUCAAUUAAAUGGCAGGUUCAUGAAUUUUAUGAACGUUUAUCAACUACUAGUAAUGGUUUUGGUUUUUAUUGUGGUCGUAUUGCUAUCAUUAAUUAUCAUAAUUGUUUUCAGCUUUUAAUUUCAUAUCUUGGACGUUUUCUAUUUUAUGUUAUACUUAGUUUUAUGGGUGAAUCUGUAUUACGAUCAUAUUGUCCAUUCGAUACAACCGCUGCACCAUUAUUUCAUUAUUUUACACAUUUUAAUGAUGGAACACCAUUAAAUCUUAAUGAUUGCCGUUUAACAUCAAUUAUUUUAACAUUAUAUUUCUUUUUUAUUCUGCACAGUCAUUAUAUAUUGUUUUUGACCAAUCAUAUUUUACUAUCAUGGACUAUAUUAUAUGAUGUUUCUAAUCGUAAUUAUGAUCAUUAUCGUAAUUCAAUCAUCAAUGAACAAAAUAUGAAUGUAACCAAAAUGAUAAUCAAAGCAUUAAGUAAUAGCAAUGAUUUCGAUGAACCUAAACCAAAUUCAUCAUCAUCAUUACAUAAUUGUUUGGUCAAAAUGUUGAAGAAAAAUCCCAAAAGUUUUAUUGAUAAAUUAAUCAUACAGCUAAUGUUGAAUAUUGAUCUUUAUAAAUUUGAAAAAUUACAUUUAAAAUAUUUUAACUAUAUCGGUUUGAAACAACGAAUCGAAUUGAUAUUGACAAUGUUUGUAUUACAUUGUAUGAAUGUAUUUCUUUCGACAUUGGUUAUAUUUACUACAUUAAAUCUUGGCUGUGUUCAAUAUUUUAAUUUUAUUCGUAUUCAUAUGUGGAAUUUAUGGCCAUUUGCUAUAAUCGAUUUCUUAUAUCAUUAA